UACAUCUGACACAUCAUGACAUUAAGAACCUGAAUUGCAUGUGGUAGAUGCUUCUUGGUUUUUGGUAUUUUGCAAUGAGUACUUGUAAGAGUGGCCUUACUCAGCAAAUUGGCUAUGUUUAGGGGUGGGCACCAAUAUCGAUAUUUUGAUAUGAUAUCGGUAUUGUUCGAUAUCGAUAAUAAUUUCCGUAUCGCGGGAUUAAAAAAAAUUCACGUACGCUCGCAGAGACAUACUUUUUAUUGCUAAUACUGCUAAAAAAAAUACAAACGCAGUAUAAUCAAGAUACAACAAACCCUAUACAUACCAAUCAUUGUUAGCCUCGUAGGCAAACAUCACACAUGAAGUAUUAUUUAACCAUUUUAUUCCAUUCAUUGGCAUUUUUCUUUUUCUAAGAACCCAAUUAACAAAUGUAUUUGAAACAUUCAGUAGCUAUAAAUCAAGAAAAACAACAAAUCUGUAACCUGUGUACCCUCUCUCGUGUGCUCUACUCCCGUUUCUUCACCUGUUUCCUCUCAUCAGCCAAUCCCUUAACGGAAACUAUAACCUGUUUUAAAAAAGUAAAUGCAUGUAGAGUAAAGGAAUGUCCGCUAGAAAGUGUCCUGAGGGCAUCAGAUGAUCUAGGGGAGCUGCUGUGUCUCCUUUAAUUGUUUUCAGCUCUUAACAGCUGCGUAUUUCAAGUUAGCUAUACUAUUUUAUAAGUAACUUGAACUCUGCAACUGUUUAAGAGCUGAAAUCAAUUAAAAAGGUCUAAUUAAGCAAAUGAUCAGUUCAAUUAAGGGUAAUUGAGAGCUCAGUUGGAAACCAGCAGACCCAGGACCAGGACUGGGAACCACUGAUCUAGGGCAUUUACCAAGCACUCUCACCUUUCACUUCCAGAGCUCGGCAACUCUACGAAAUCAACCCAACCCCAAGCCCAACCCUAACCUUAAGCAACCCCAGCCCUAAAACCUAACCCUAACCCAAUACCUAACCCUAAACCUAACCAUCAAAAAUCAUCUGGUGCCCUCAGGACACUUUCUAGUGGAUAUUUCUUUGUGCUGCUGCGCGCAUCAACUACCGGUAAUAAAUAACAGACUUGUCUUUUUUAAAGGGAUACACACCUAAAAACAAACUUAACACAAACAAACAUAACAAACAGCAAAAUCGUCUUAAAUAAUUUGAUAUAUAUAUAUAUAUAUAUACUAUUGGGAUAUAUAUACUAUUGGGAUUAUUUUGAGAUAUAUGCACAUGCCAGUGGUUCAUUGCAUUUUUUCCAUGUGAGUACUUACACUAUUACUAAUGUAUUUUUAAAAUGUCAACUCUCGUUAUUAUAAAUGAGAUGUACUUUUAAAACAUCAAAACACAUCUCAAAAUAAUGCAAUAUUCAGCGUGCCACCGUACUUAAUACUUUUAGAUGUGUCGUGCAUUAGAGAAGAUUAAAUUACUUCUGGGUUUGCUAGUCUGUGCAGCUUCUGGGCGAAUCCCGAAGUUACCACUUUUUGUGCAUAUAACACUGAUAAGGCAUUGAACAAAUUGUUUGUUGACUUUAAUUAGUCUUCUAUAUUUUUUAACUGAAUGUUUGCAGUAAGGAAUGAGGAUACAUGGUUUAUUUGUCACCCAGUGCUCUUGGGAAAUGAUUUUGGGAUGUUAAGGGUUGAUCUUAUUGAAAACACAGAAACCUGUUCGACUGGUGGUAUUUGUAGCAGGUAUUAUCUUGUGAGAACAUACAUCAUCGCCUUUAACAAAAGCACAUAACUCAUUGCUCAGAUCAUCUCAGAGAACUCACUCCUACAAGCACGUCCGCACCGGAUUUAUAAAAAUAAAAAAGAGCAAGACAUUUUCUAAUGGUAUCUGUUGGCCUUCAGGUUCUGGGCAUUGCCCUAGCUGUCAUUGGAUGUAUUGGAACAAUUGUAAUGUGUGCUCUGCCCAUGUGGAAGGUGACAGCUUUCAUCGGCAGCAACAUUGUGACAUCUCAGAUCUUCUGGGAGGGACUCUGGAUGAACUGUGUGGUGCAGAGCACCGGGCAGAUGCAGUGCGACACCUACGACUCCUUGCUGGCUCUCCCUCAGGAUCUCCAGGCAGGCCAAGUCUUGGCUGUGAUUGCUAUUUUGGUGGCCGUCAUAGGCCUCAUGAUGUCCAUCGUUGGAGGAAAGUGCACCAACUGUGUGGAGGACGAAUCCACCAAGGCCAAGAUCUGCAUUGUCUCAGGCAUUGUCUUGAUCAUUGCUGGAGUCCUCACCAUGAUCCCUGUCUGCUGGUCUGCCAACAUCAUCAUCAGGGACUUCUACAACCCUUUGCUCACUGAUGCCCAAAGAAGGGAAAGCAUCUCGAUGGCAUCUGUUGGGAUUGAGAUUCUGGGCAUUGCCCUAGCCAUGACCGGAUGGAUUGGAACUAUUAUCAUCUGUACACUGCCCAUGUGGAAGGUGACGGCUUUCAUCGGCAGCAACAUUGUGACAUCUCAGACCAUCUGGGAGGGACUCUGGAUGAACUGUGUGGUGCAGAGCACUGGGCAGAUGCAGUGCAAGGUCUACGACUCCAUGCUGGCUCUCCCACAGGAUCUCCAGGCAGCCCGAGCCUUGGUUGUGAUUGCUAUUUUGGUGGCCCUUUUUGCUCUCCUGCUGUCUGCCGUUGGAGGAAAGUGCACCAACUGCGUGGAGGACGAAUCCACCAAAGCCAAGAUCUGCAUUGUCUCAGGCAUCAUCUUCAUCAUUGCUGGAGUCCUCAUCAUGAUCCCUGUCUGCUGGUCUGCCAACACCAUCAUCAGGGACUUCUACAACCCUUUGCUUAAUGAUGCCCAAAGAAGGGAGCUUGGCGCUUCAUUGUACAUUGGAUGGGGUGCUGCUGCUCUUCUGUUGCUGGGAGGAGGUCUGCUCUGCUGCUCCUGUCCGCCGCGAUAUGGCCAUUCCUACUCUGCCAAAUAUUCAGCACCAAGAUCUGGAGCUGUAGAGAAGGCAUUUGUAUAAACCUCUGAAGAUAGUUGAUUGUGUAUAUCUAGAUGCCAGAGAAACACGCAAGGCUAAAUUCUCAAAGCUGUUUACUCCAAAUCAUCAGUACCACAUUUUUUUUAUCUGAAAGAAAAAAAAAACAUCAUUUGUAUUUCUAAACUGAAUAAUAAAACCACUUUAGACUAAUCGCAAGCGCCUAAAAUAAAUAUCUCAGCUGUUUAUUUCUGGGUUGGUAAAUUAAUUGGGUGCUUUUCUACUAUAUGAAAAAAAAACAUGAUAGAGAAUUUAGCCCAUGAUAUAUACGCACCUGGUUAUAGCCAUGCUUACUUUUAAUUUAAUGAGGCCCUCUUAUUGCUCAAAGCUUGACCGAGGUCACAGACAGACCUUAUUUUGCUCAACAUAAAGGAAAACCAGGUGGGCUGGCAGCUGAACUCAUCUAAUAUUGUAGUGGGAUUCAAGUUUCGGGUAAUUCCUGACGGUGAUCUAUCUACCUCCCACUUUUUCAUGUCUAUUGUUUUGUGUUUUGUUUUUUUUCUGUGUAGUACUGUACUUGGAAAUAUCUCUUUUCAUGACAGAAAACAAUCUGGACUAAGCUAAGCAGCUAAACAAAAUAACAGAUUUUUUUUUUGUAUUUGUAAAAGAAAUUCAGUGAGCAUAUCCAACAGGUAAAGAAAACUGAAAAACAUCAAUCAAUUCUAAUAAAUGAAGCUAUAAUUUAAACAGUAGUUGUUGUGUGAAUGCCCAAAGUAACUUUUAUGAUUUGCUGUAACCGUCCAUUAUAUUGUUUAAACUGUAAAUUCCAACAUGUUUUUUUUUUUCUGAACAUAUGAAUAUGAAUACUCCUAUUUUUGAAUGACAUCUGUUUAAAAAAAUAAAUAAAUAAACUAGUGAUUAA